ACGACGGUUUACUAUUUUCUUAACCGGUUAAUAAACCUACUAAACCUAAUUAUACUCGACUAAACCAAGAUUUAGACCCGAUUACAGUCUACCCAAACAUUACCAAAUCGAAACCCUAAAAACUAAAUUCCCAAAUCGAAACAGACGACGAACCCUAGAAAAACAAAGAGAAAGUGAGAGAAUCGAAGCUUGGUAGCUGUAGGAUCUUGAAAUCGAAGCUUUCGAUGUCUAUGGUCGUUCCUAAUCCGGAUUUAGUAGGAGAUGUCGAUCCCGAAGCUGAAGAUAGAGAUCGAGUUCUGAUGCAGGAAAUGAUAGAGGAGUUCGUCGACGAACCACCAAUUCGCCAUGAUGAGUAUCCGGAGAGCGAUACAGAGGAUAACCACGACGGUCCAGAAGUGUUUCAGACACAUAUAAGGCGCGGUGAUGGGCAUUUGUACCCUAACCAGACAUUCUUUAGUGGAGUCGCUUUCAAGGAGGCUGUAGUGGAUUAUGCUCUGCGAACUGGAUGCAAUCUGAAGCAGUACAUGUACGAUUCCGAUAAAAUUGGGUUCAAAUGUGUUGGUUGCGAUGGUACAGAAGGAUCAAAGUGUUAUUGGCAAGUGUAUGCAGCGAUUCUUAAGAGUGAUUCGAUGUGGAAGAUUAGGAAGUUUAUAGAUAAGCAUAGUUGUAUCCCAAAUGGUGAAUGUGAGAUGUUUAAGGUGCCUCAUAUUGCUAGGUUAUUUGUUGAUAAGAUUAGGGACAAUCCUGAGUUUUACAUGCCAGCAAAGCUUGAAGAAAUCAUUAAGGAACAAUGGAAGAUUAGUGUUACUAGGCCACAGUGUCAGUCUGCGAGGAAAAAGGCACUGCAGUGGAUUGAGAAGGAGUACGAUGAUCAGUUUGGUAGAUUAAGAGACUAUGCGGCUGAGAUACUUGAUUUAAACAAGGAUUCUCAUGUAGAGGUUGAAUGUCUGACGAGUGAAGAUGGUAAAGACAUUUUCAACAGGUUUUAUGUCUGUUUUGACACCAUUAGAAGGACAUGGAUAGAGAGUUGCAUGCCUCUAAUCGGCAUUGAUGGGUGCUUUUUAAAGAACAAAGUAAAAGGUCAGUUAUUAGUAGCAUUGGGCAGAGAUUCAAAUAAUGCUAUAUAUGCUAUAGCAUGGGGUGUGGUUCAAGUGGAGAACACAAAGAAUUGGGUGUGGUUUGUGAAGAUGUUGAAGGCUAAUUUUGGCUUAAAUGAUGGUGAAGGCUUCAUCAUGGUUUCAGAUAGGCAAAAAGUAAUUUUUUCUUGUCUCCUGUUUUAUUUUUAUUUGUGUGACAUGCUGUUCAGCUUUGGCUCAUCAACUUUGGCUUAUGUUUCAGGGAUUGAUCAAAGUUGUUCAACUGGAGUUACCCAAUAUAGAGCAUAGGAUGUGUGUACAACACAUAUACGGAAACCUAAAGAAGAAUCAUGGGAGUAAGACCCGGAUGAAGCCUCUACUCUGGAAUUUGGCUUGGUGUUACAAUGACAAAGACUACAAGCAGCGAUUGGAGCAAAUCUUUUGCUAUGACACUGUUGUUUACAAUGAUGUCAUGAAGACUAAUCCGAAGACUUGGUGC